GAAAUGAGAUGGUUGUAACUGUAAAGGGUGUACGAGUUAGCUACAUAUAGGCUUAAUUGCAUUCAACAAAAUUGCAGAAAAACUGUAUUCCAAUCCAAGUAUGAGUUAUGAAAGAUUGUUGGUGGGGUUGUUGGUGUUGUUGAUGCAAGCAGAUCUCAUAGCCUUGGGCCAAACCUUAUGCGGCAGCAACGGCAAUUACAGCAGCAACAGCGCAUACAGCGCUAACCUCAACACCGCUCUUUCUUCUCUCUCUACAAACAUCGGCAACGAUGGCUUCUACAACGCCUCAACCGGGCAGGGCCCCGACAGAGUCAACGCCAUCGCGCUGUGCAGAGGCGACGUCCAACUCAACGCCUGUCGCCAAUGCGUGCAGAAAACCGGCGACGAUCUCGUGGACUCGUGCCCGGUUCAGAAGGAGGGAACCCGGUGGGAUGAAUUCUGCACGUUACGAUACUCGAAUGAAACAGUCUACGGGGCUGCGGCGAAUAGCCCCAGAUACAGCUUCACUAAUGUACUCAACGUGACGAGUCCAGUGCAGUUUAGGGCGGAUCUGAGGAAGCUGCUCGAUGGUCUUCGGGGACGAGCCGCUGGAGGCUCGUCUACGAGGAAGGUGGCGGCUGGGAAUGUAACUGGACCCGAUUAUCAAAUGAUUUUCGGGUUAGUUCAGUGCUUCCCAGAUUUGUCAUCGGAGGAUUGUACAAGUUGUUUGAUUGGUACCAUUUCGGAAAUACCGCAAUGCUGUGAUGGGAGAAGAGGGGGUGCAAUCCUCGCUCCCAGUUGCAAUCUUCGUUUCGACCACUCGUUUUUCAAUGAAACUAGACUCCGGGAGCUAGAGUUUGUCCCUCUGCCUCCGCCUCCGCCUCCACCGGUUGUCGAGUCAUCGCUGCAAGGAAAGAAAAAUGGAAGCACGACUCAAACUAUUGUAAUCAUUGUGGUUGUAGUUGUUGUGUGCUUGAUAGUGGCUGUAUCUGCUAUCAUCUUUCUAAGAAAGAGAAAGAAACAUAAACCAAUGGAAAUUGUUCAGAAUGUGGACGAGAUUAGCACAGUCGAGUCUCUGCAGUAUCCUUUCAGCACAAUCAAAGCCGCAACAAAUGAUUUCUCUGAUCAUAAUAAGUUGGGCCAAGGUGGAUUUGGGACUGUUUACAAGGGGGAACUUCCAAAUGGUCAAGAAAUUGCCGUGAAAAGAUUGUCGAAGGAUUCCGGGCAAGGCGACAUCGAAUUUAAGAAUGAGGUCUUGUUAUUGGCUAAACUCCAACAUAGGAAUUUGGUUAGACUAUUAGGUUUCUCCUUAGAAGGAAUGGAGAAGCUGUUAGUAUAUGAAUUUGUUCAAAAUUCAAGCUUGGAUAACUUCAUAUUUGACUCGGUCAGGCAUUCAGAUUUGGAUUGGGAUAGACGCUACAAGAUCAUAGGCAGUAUUGCUAGGGGAAUCCUCUACUUGCAUGAAGAUUCUCGUCUCAAAAUCAUCCACCGUGAUUUAAAGGCCAGUAAUAUACUUCUAGACAAUGAGAUGAGACCCAAGAUUGCCGACUUUGGUAUGGCAAGGUUGUUCAGACAAGAUGAAACGCAAGGAAAUACAAGCCUUGUUGUCGGAACAUACGGUUAUAUGCCACCAGAGUACCUAAAACACGGCCAGUUCUCAGUGAAGUCCGACGUCUAUAGCUUUGGAGUAUUAGUCCUUGAAAUCAUCAGCGGACGAAGAAAUAAUGGCUUUCGAAGUGGGGAUGGCAGCGUAGGGGAUCUUAUAAGCUUUGCAUGGAGAAGUUGGCAAGGAGGAAGAAGUGGAGAAGUGGUGGAUCCGUUUUUGAGGAGUGGUUCGGGUUCGGGUAAUGAGAUGCUGAGAUGUAUCCAUAUUGGUUUGUUGUGUGUUCAGGAAGACGCAGCUGAUAGGCCAACCAUGACCUCAGUGGUGCUUAUGUUGAGUAGCUUCUCCGUAACCUUAGACUUGCCUUCGGAGCCAGCAUUUUACGCUGCCAAUGAUUAUGCUUCGGAUGUGCCACUGAUUCACAACUCCGACUCCACAAAUUCUCACCACACUUCUUCUUCUCAGCCGUCGCAGCAGUCUCGAUGUUCCUCACGAAAUGAUGCCUCCAUUACUGACCUAUAUCCACCUAGACUUUUCCUGGUUUGGAAUUGGGUUCACUUCAAAAGGGAGAAUUUCUUUGGGAGAAUUGGAAGAAACACUCUUGUUUCUCCAGAAAUGUAUUCAUGGCGUCGCAGCAGAGCCUUCAUAAUUGCGUUGAUCCUCACAUACCUUUCAUCCUUAGCUACAGCCCAAAAUCCCUUAAAAUGCACCAGCAACGGAAACUACACCGCCAACAGCACCUACAGCAACAAUCUCGACGCCUUACUCCGCUCCCUCUCCUCCAACAUGACCGAUUUCGGCUUCCUCCGCGCCUCCGUCGGCCAGGCCCCAAACACCGUCAACGGCUUCGCCCUCUGCAGAGCCGACCAAACCCUCCAGCUCUGCCGCGGCUGCGUCGACGCAGCCGCGCGAGAGGUGCGCCAGUCCUGCCCCAGCGAGAGGCAGGCCGCGAUUUGGUACGAAUUCUGCACCCUGCGCUACUCCAACGACCCUAUAUACGAAACGCAGACGGCGGAUCCCACAAUUUUGCUAAUGAACACGCAAAAUGUCACGGAUGGAGAUCGAUUUAGGGCGGAAAGGACGGCGCUGGUGACCGACCUCGCGGCGGUGGCGGCUAACGGAAGCGCGCAGCUCAAAGUCGGCGUAGGGAGUCGGAAUUUCUCGAAUCCCGAAUUUUUGGCGAUUUAUGCUCUGGUGCAGUGUACACCGGAUUUCUCGCCAGAAGAUUGCCGGAGAUGCUUGAGCGAGACUUCACAAGCUUUCCGAAGUUAUAUUUCGCAGGGUUUCAGAGUUCUAAACCCCGAUUGUAAUGUUCGCUAUGAGCUUUCUACCUUCUACAAUGAAACUCGGCUGAGGGAAUUAAGGGUGGCAAUUGUAGCUCCAGCACCUCCCCCGACCUCGCCGCCAGGAACCAAUGGUACUGAUAUAAUACCAGGAAAGAAAGAUGAUAACACUACAAAAGUUAUCAUCAUCGCUGUUGUCCCAGUUGCGGUGUCUCUGAUAAUUGCUACUUUUGCCAUCGUCUUCGUUAUAAGAAGAAGAAGGAAGCAGAAUAAGGCAUAUGAAGCCGCUGAGACUGCUGACGAUAUCAGUAAUGUCGAAUCCUUGCAAUAUGAGUUUAGCAGCAUUAGAGCUGCCACUAAUGAUUUUGAUGAUGCUAACAAGCUGGGGCAAGGUGGAUUCGGGGCUGUUUAUAAGGGAAAACUUCAAACUGGCGAAGAAGUAGCAGUUAAAAGGCUGUCCAAGGAUUCAGGGCAAGGCAAUGUGGAAUUCAAGAAUGAGGUUUUGUUGGUUGCCAAACUUCAACAUCGGAAUCUGGUCAGGCUCUUAGGUUUCUCUAUGGAAGGAGCCGAGAGGGUACUAAUAUAUGAAUUCGUUCAGAAUGCAAGCCUUGACCAGUUCAUCUUUGAUCCAGUCAAGCGUUCGCAGUUGGAUUGGGAUAGUCGCUACAAGAUCAUCGGGGGUAUUGCAAAGGGAAUUCUGUAUUUGCAUGAAGACUCUCGACUCAAGAUCAUUCAUCGUGAUCUCAAAGCUAGUAAUGUGCUGUUAGAUGGAGAAAUGAACCCCAAAAUUGCAGAUUUUGGGAUGGCAAGAUUAUUUAAACCAGAUGAAACUCAAGGAAACACAAGCAAGAUCGUCGGAACUUAUGGAUAUAUGUCACCUGAAUACGCAAUGCACGGGCAGUACUCCAUCAAGUCAGAUGUGUUUAGUUUCGGAGUGCUAGUUCUGGAAAUCGUGAGUGGUCAGAGAAAUGUUUGUAUCCAAAAUGGGGAUAAUGUGGAGGACCUCUUGACUCUUACAUGGAAGAACUGGCGAGAAGGGACAGCUACAAGUAUGGUAGAUCCUACGCUGACGAAUGGCGCUGGUUCUGUGCGCGACAUGAUUAGAUGCAUUCACAUGGGACUGUUGUGUGUCCAAGAAAAUCCCGCGAACAGGCCAACAAUGGCUACGGUUGCUCUAAUGCUAAGUAGCUCAACAAUGACCCUGCCGGUACCAGCUGAGCCUGCAUUUUAUAUGGCUAGCCGUUAUGGUCCCAUGGAUUCAACGAAUCAGGAUUCAAAAGAUUCGACCUCGCUUAAGUUUGGAACGGUUGCAUCUGAAGGCUCGGCAUCUGUAAAUGAUGUUUCAAUCACCGAGCUAUAUCCUCGUUGAUUUUGUCUUCCUGCCGAGGUUUGUGCUUUCCUUGACACAAAAAUUAUGCAUAUAAUUUUGUUAUGUUUUCUCUUUUAUCCGUGUAUGUGAGCUAGAACUUUUGAAAUAAUAAAGCUGUGUAGAUAAUAUAAUGCUGUAAUCAGGUAAAUUAGGAGGGACUAUUGUUUCAACUUCUGUAACACUAGAUGUAAUAGGAUUAUUGUUGUGUUGCGUGAAUUUUUAUAAAUACUAUUUAUAAAGAAAUUAUAGAUGAUUUUUGUAAUAA